AGAGUAUUUUAACAUUCGAAAUUCUUCCUCUUUCACCAAAUGCAGUCUUCCAGUAGGGGUCGUAUCACGCAAAUUUCUUCCCCAAACCUGUAAAAGCUCUCUGCAAAACCUCGCACCUAGCUGGUUCGUAAAAUCCUCCUCUCCGUCAGCUUGCCCCCUUCCCUGGGGCAGGGGGCUGUGGCACAUCCCAAACCCCUGCUCGGAAGGAACCGAAUUCCUCCGCGUGUACGGAACUGACCGAAUUCUCAAGAUGGCGGCUCCAGUUCCGACAUAGCACCUGGGGGCGGCCAUACUGCCUCCUGAACAAAGCCGCCGAGGAUGCGGAGUGGGCAAAACCUCCCAGUACGGCUCGGCGCAGGCUCGCGAGCCCCGCGCUGUGCUCACCCAGACAGGAAGCGGGAGAGUUCAGCAGUAUGGCUGUGACAGCCGUCCCGGUUAGAGCCGUGAUGGGCGUUUCGAGACCUGAUAACGGAGCCGCAAGACAGAAGGCGGAUCAGUUUUGACAACGCCUGGAAUACCCCAUGUAAAACAGCCUCCCUGUCUUGGGAGCAUUCAGUUGCUCUGAACCAGUUCAGUCUUGUCUGAAUGACUCCUUCUGGGACUGAGAAAAAUUGACGGGUAUGGUCACAAGAGGACUUCCUUCACCUAGUGCUUCCUGACCCUCUCAAGGACCAAAUAGCCUUAUCCCCACUGGUGUCAUCAUACAGCUGAUUCUAGUGGUUGUUUCUAGAUUGGUGAAUGUGGAAGCAGCAGACGGUCUGGUCUGUGAAAAUGCCCAUCUGAGCACCAGUUUUGCUUUUUCAGACAUCUGCUCUUAUAGAAGAGAGCAGAGAAUGAUGAAGUCCCAGGGGUUGGUAUCAUUCAAGGAUGUGGCUGUGGAUUUCACCCAAGAGGAGUGGCAGCAACUGGACCCUGCUCAGAGGACCCUGUAUAGAGAUGUGAUGCUGGAGAACUUCAGCCAUGUGAUCUCAUUGGGAUAUCCAGUUUCCAAACCAGAUGUCAUCUCUAAGUUGGAACAAGGGGAAGAUCCAUGGAUCAUCAAGAGAGACGUAUCAAAUUGGAUCUAUACAGAUGAAAAUCAGGCAGAUGGGAGACAAGACAGGAAAAGUAACCUUGACAACCCCAAAUCAUGUAUUUUGGGGUCUGUUUCCUUCCAUAAUAAUAUCCUGAAAGGAGUCACAAAGGAUGGUUCAUUGUACUCCAUUUUAAAAGUCUGUCAAGAUGAUGGCCAGCUACAGAGAUGUCAGGAAAACCAAGACAAGCUUUUCAGGCAAGUAACAGUCAUCAGCAACAAAACAGUGACUGUGGAGUCAGGCCAUAAGUAUAAUGCCUUUGGAAAAAUAUUUCAAGAGUGCAUAGAGCCAGAUACUUUAAGACAAAGAUCCCAUAGCUAUGAUGUAUUUAAAAAGAACUUGAAAUAUAAUGCUGAUCUACGUAGUUGUAAUAAGAGUAAUUCAAGAAAAAACCCUGAUGAGAGUUUGGGAUGUGGAAAAUCAUCUAGCUAUGGUGCAUCUGAUUCUAAUCUUGAGAAAAUUCACAAUGGAGUAAUGCCCUGUAAUAACAAUCAGUGUGGGAACAUUUUUAGUAGUAAACAAUCCCUUAUGCAAUAUCAGAAUGUUGAAACUAAGGAGAAAACCUGUGUGUGUGUUACAUGUGGAAAAGCCUUUGCCAAGAAGUCACAGCUUAUUGUACAUCAACGAAUUCAUACUGGAAAGAAACCAUAUGAUUGUGGUGCAUGUGGGAAAGCCUUCAGUGAGAAGUUUCAUCUCAUCGUACAUCAGAGAACUCAUACUGGGGAGAAACCUUACGAAUGUUCUGAAUGUGGAAAAGCCUUCUCUCAGAAAUCUUCCCUCAUUAUACAUCAGAGAGUUCACACUGGGGAAAAGCCAUAUGAAUGUAGUGAGUGUGGGAAAGCCUUCUCCCAGAAAUCACCCCUCAUUAUACAUCAAAGAAUUCACACUGGAGAGAAACCUUAUGAAUGUAGAGAGUGUGGGAAGGCCUUCUCCCAGAAGUCACAGCUGAUCAUACAUCAUAGAGCUCAUACUGGAGAGAAACCAUAUGAAUGUACUGAAUGUGGGAAAGCCUUCUGUGAGAAGUCCCACCUCAUUAUACAUAAAAGAAUUCACACUGGGGAGAAACCCUACAAAUGUGCUCAAUGUGAGGAAGCCUUCAGCAGGAAGACGGAACUCAUUACACAUCAGUUAAUUCAUACUGGGGAGAAACCUUAUGAAUGUACUGAAUGUGGGAAGACCUUCUCCCGGAAGUCACAGCUCAUCAUACAUCAGAGAACACAUACUGGAGAAAAGCCCUAUAAAUGCAGUGAAUGUGGAAAAGCCUUCUGUCAGAAAUCACAUCUCAUUGGACAUCAGAGAAUUCACACAGGAGAAAAACCUUAUAUAUGCAGUGAAUGUGGGAAAGCCUUCUCUCAGAAGUCUCACCUCCCAGGGCAUCAGCGAAUUCAUACAGGAGAAAAACCUUACAUAUGUGCUGAAUGUGGAAAGGCGUUUUCCCAGAAGUCAGACCUUGUUUUACAUCAGAGAAUUCAUACUGGGGAAAGACCCUAUCAAUGUGCUAUCUGUGGGAAAGCCUUCAUCCAGAAGUCACAACUCACUGUACAUCAGAGAAUUCAUACAGUAGUAAAAUCAUAAUGAACUGAAUGCAGAAAAGCCUUCAGUAUUAGCUCAAGCCUUAAUAAAUACUAGGAACCUGAUUGAUUUGAUAUUUAUGAGACAUCUUUAUAGAUGUCUGUAGUGUGGUGAUACCCAGCUCAGCAAAGAUGAUGGAAAAUAAUCAUAAAUGAAGAACAUUUUCAACAUGGUGUGUAAAACUUUUAAAGUUAUGUAUAUAGAAUGUUGUCAAGUUACAUAGUCUAUAUUAUACCACAUUAAUAAUAACCAGACAUUGUGAAAUAGCUAAUAUUAGCUUGGCAUCAUUUUGGCCAUACAGUAAUUCUCUGUAAAGGACAUGAAGAAAGCUUGAGUUAAAUAAAUAAAUAAAUAAAUAAAUAAAUAAAUAAAUAAAUUCCUAGAAACUACAUUAUAAGGAGGGGCUUAGCAUGACCCCUAAAGAUACAUGUAAAAUUCUUGUACAAAGAUGGAAAGAUAGGUGGAUCAGAUGAUGUUUAUACAUUUUCCCAUCUCAAUCAUAUAAGUUGACCUGUCUCUCUGGAAGGAUCCUGGAUCUUGAAAUUGGUGCUACUUGACCAGAUCACCCAUUUAUUCUCCCUCGCUGGGAGUUUGGUGUUGUGGAAAUGCUUUGGUACUGAACCAGAUGGUCUUGUGUUCUAAUACUGGCUCAGCUACUCGCAGAUUGUGUAACUUCAAACAAGCCUGCUUCACCCAUCUGAAUAUUUCCUAUCAGUAAAAAAAAAAAAGUAUAGUGAAGAGUACAUUUUCAUUUAUUAUUCUUUUUGUCUUUCAUUUCCAUGCAGUUGGAUGCUAAGACUAAUAUGUAAAAGCUACAUCUAAACUUGUAUUUCAGACACUCUGCUUUUGAUAACCCAUUCCCAGGACUGUUCAUUUUACUGUUUUUGACCCUAGUGGCCUUGAUUCUUGGUAUGUUCAAGUGACAUUUUAUUAUGCAUUUGUUGUUUUUUACAUACAUUUAUAAACUGGUGGUUACACAUAAA